AUGAUGAAUACGCUAGAUAUGGCUGUAGUGAGCUCGGGGAAUUGGGAUAUGUCGGAGAUUGAGGGUGUUGUGAAGGCGCUACCAGAGCUGACAACUACUUCGACUUCAGCGAGCGCUAGUGCUUCUGCCACGGGAUCAGAAACAGCGUCUACAACUACCCAAUACUCGGUUACCGUGACACCUCCAUCUGCUGCUGGGAAUCCCAAUGUAUGGCAUAACCACAAACCAGACGGGACUGUUUUCAUCGUAGUGGGCAGUAUCGUGGGGGCGACGAUUCUGGGGAUGAUACUUUGGUCGGUGAUAACAAGCCACUUGUCCCGUAGGAACGCUAAGAAGAGUUUUAGGGAAGAUCAGUAUCGUCGCCACAAUCGUGGUGGCAGCGCACUCUAUGACAGCGGCGACGAUAAGGAGCUGACGCCCGGUCUUUACGGCUCAGAAUACGGGGAAACUGGGGAAAAGAGCAGGCGAUCUCGUCUCAGCCUUUUGGGAAACGGGAGUAGGUUGAGAGAGUCGAAUUCGUCGGAGUCGGUUCCAGGUUAUGAGCCGGAGUGGCUGGAACCUGUCGGCCAAGAAACAUUCAACCCCAUCCAGGACCCUUUCACCAGAUACAACCGAAAUUCGCUGUUCAUAUCGCCCACAAUUGAAGUGGCUCAAAAGCCAAACCUGCUACCCAGUCAGCGUAGUCGCUUGCUAGAAAAACCGUAUCACCAAUCUAGCCUAUCAGCCACCUCGCUGUUGUCCUCGGAUGAGAUCAAUUCUACACUUAACAAGCCUGAGAGAGCGGCGUCUCCAGAACGGAAGGGGAAAAAGGGCGUCUCAGGCCAUCACAAGAGGAAUAAAUCAUCUAUCGGGUUGACUCCAGCGAACUCCAGCUCGUCUUCGAGCAAUGAUAACACCAAUGAUCGUAGACCGAGAGGUGGACACCACAAACAGACACCGUCCAUGUAUUUGGAAGACAUGCUUAACGUUAGCAAUGCUGCGUAA